AUGGCAUCAUAUGAAACCCAAGCCAACUGGUCCAGAGAGGACACUAUGGAAUUGCUGAAACGCAUAGAAGAUAUUAUUCCAGCCAAUGACAAACAAGCAUUCAAAACAACCCAGUCAAAGAUGAACUGGCAGAAAAUAGCUUUUAAAGAUUUUUCUGGAGAAAUGUGCAAAUGCAAAUGGUUACAGAUCUCAUAUAACUUGGUAAAGUAUCGUACAAUGAGAGAAUUAGUUUUGGACGCUAAGGAAAGUACUGAAAAAUCCUACAAAAUGGUAAAAAGGAAAAGACAUCCUGACUUGCCCAAGAAGCCGCUGACUGCUUAUCUCAGAUUCUUUAAGGAGCAGAGACACCAGUACUCCCAAAUGUACCCCAAACUUAGCAAUCAGGAACUGACCAAGCUCCUUUCUGAGAAAUACAAGGAGCUCCCAGAGCAGAUGAAGCUGAAAUACAUCCAAGGUUUCCAGGAGGAUAAAAAGGAGUAUGAGGAGAAAAUGGCUCAUUUCAAGGAGAACAACGCUUAUCUCUUCCAGAAGUCCAAGAAACGUCACACUGGCAAGAGGAGACCCACUAAAGCCCAAGAGAAGUUUCUGAGGAAAGCACCAGAAGUGAACUCUUCCCCUGAACACUCUUCCACCAAGGAGCUGAGGUUCCCUGGGGAGCCCCAGAAGCCCCCUAUGAAUGCAUACCAUAAGUUCCACAUGGACAUGUGGUCAAGCAGGGAGCUAAAGGGCAUGCACUUUAGUGAGCGAAUGGUAGAGGUCAGCAGACGCUGGGGUCGAGUCCCACAGAGCCAGAGGGAGCAGUACCAUGCUGAGGCUGAGGAACUACAGAGGCAGUACUGGGUGAGCCUGGAUCUCUGGCUGCGCAGUCUCUCCCCUGAAGAAUAUGCUGCCUACAAAGAGUCAUCUUGUGGAAAAGGAAAGCCUAGGGGCUUGAAGGGCGGCCCACCUCCGAAGAUCCCACCUCCAGACCUGCAGCCCCCAGCAGCAAGGACCCCUGAGGAGGGGCUUUGA